AUGGAUACGGCCCCCGCGGGGGGGGGGGGUGAUGGGGGUCUCUGCACGCUGUAAGUGCACAGAAAUCCAGGAGCCUCGGCAACAGAGCCCUGCUGCAGCUGGCUGGGCAGGAGCAGAGGGGAGACGCUGCUCCCACACUGGUGUCGGACGAGGGAGCUGGUGCUGUAGAGAAGGCAGAGAGACCCUCCCUCCCUCCCUGUCCGCCCGCUUGAUCUCCACACCCUCUCCCUGUCUCAUGUGCGUCUUAGCUUGUUCUCUCCCUCCCUUCUGCUCUGAGCGGCACCCUUCUCUCCCUCUCCCUGCUGCGCUGCUGCUCCAGGCUAUCCCCCUUUCCUCAAGCGCGGAGACAGAGAGAGCGGGGGAAGGAUCCGCCCGCAGACUGGAGAGAGAGGAGCGCUCUGGUCCGUGGGAUACAAGCCGGAAAGCAGGAGCCACACAGAGAGAGGGAGACGAGUGCAGCAGCUCUGGCAGACUGGACGUUAUUUCCUUGGCUGGGGGAGAGGAGGGCUGGUGUGUGUGUGUGAGUGUGAGCGUGUGUGUGCGCGCGCACUCACAGCGGAGAGGUGCUGCUGUUGCUGGGAGGGAGAGAGGGUGAGCUGCCAGCCCCGUCCCGGGCUCAAACACAUUCUAUUGACUUGCUAAUUGCCUGACACUCUCCGGGAGGAUGGGAGCUGGGUGAGUGGGUGUCGCGUUAGGCUUCCUCUCCGUGUUCUCUGGGGAUGGGCCGUUCCAAUCUCUCUUCCUCCUCCUCCUCCUCCUCCUCUCUCUCCUCCGUUUCACCGCUCUCGCGCGCUCUCUCUCUCUCUCUCUCCGCAUCCUUCGCUGGGAGAGAGGAAAAGAGAGGGAGGCUCCGUAUCGCACCGUGAAUGAUCCAUUGAUCGCUGAUCCCCGCCGCCACGCUGUGCCCUGCGUGUGACCACGAGGAAAUGAAAGGCUCUCCCGCGGCUUUUUCCGGCUGAAUUCCGAGGGGUGUCCGUCUCCGUGGCUCCGGAGGAUUUCUCCCCUCGAUCGCCGCGCGUCUGUGUGGAUUACAGCUCGGAGGCGGAUGGGAGAGCACAAAGACGGAGCAGAAACAGAGGGAGAGAGGCUGGAAAAAUUCAGGGCUGGGACCAAGAAAUAGACAACAAAAAGCAGAAAGCGCUCUCCGCUGCUGACGGAGCCCACAGAAGCACCUUCCACCCCAGGGGAAGGGCGGACAGGAGAAGGCAGAUGGGGAUUUAUCAAUAGAAUCAGGGACAGACCCCUGCCAUGCCCGAGCGCUGACCAUGGCUCCAUCCCAGCUCCUGGGAACCAGCGCCGAUCCAGCCGAGACCUGGAGGGGGGUUAACCGCUGUGGGAGAGGGAUCUCUGGGACGCAGCGCGCGCCGCGAGAGGGAGCGUGACGGAGGAUGCAAGGAAGGCAGAACCAGGCCCGGGAGGAGGACAGCGCCCGGCCCGUUUGAAGCCCACCGUCGAUCCCACAGAGCGCGAGGGGCUGACGCUGGUUCCCUGUCUCGGGAUUCUUCCGAGUGCUCAUCUAUUUCAUUUAUUUGUUUGCGCGUGUCCCUGUGAAGGGGGGUGGCUGCGUCCCCCGUCUGAGCACAAAAUGUAAACCAGCUCUUUCUGGAGGUUCGCUUGUGUCGCGGUGACCUCUGACCUCGCGGAGGCACAGCAAGCCUCGCUCCAAUUGGCGGGGUCGUCCACGCCGCCCAGGGUAGCUGUCUAUGAUCCACCCGCUCGAACCCGGGGCCUAGCCGUCUAUGGGCUGUCCGCUGAAGACUGACCCCAUGAGCCGAGCCGCCACGCUGCAGCGACGCACCACCUACCUCAUCUCCCUCACCCUCGUCAAGGUCGAGGCGGUGGGCGAGGAUGGCGCCCCGGCCGCGGUGCCUGCGCCGGAGGGCCGCAGCCCAGCAGGGGGAGCUCCGGAGACGGAACGGAAGCCCCCCCACGCCCAGCCGGAGGAAGAGGAGGAGGAGACGGAGAUCGAGGAGGACGACGCACUGAAAGGGAGAGGAGACCGGACUCCCUCCGGGUCUGGAGGCUCCAAGGCCACAGAGCGAGCACGCCCCAGGGUGUGGGGGCCCAAAGAGAGGCCCCCCCUCGUCCCUGCCAAGGAAGGGAAGAGGGAGACCCCAGAGGGGGACAGGGGGACAGGAGCCAGGCAGGAGGAGAUCCCGGGACCUGGAGAGGAGACCCCCGAGGAGCCCGAGCCCCCAGGAGGGGCAGCGAAGGAACUGAAGCCCUGGAAGUCUGUGGACGUGGUGGAGGGGCCACGCACGCCCUCCAAGUGCCAGAUCCCCGUGCGGGUGGGGCAGCGGCCGGCGGCGCUGCUCAAGGCCCAGAGCAGCGCCGGCCGCAGGGACGCCAGAGACAGCGCGGCGCCCGCGGCCAAGAGCCUGGACCGGAAGGAAAAGGCCGCCAAGGCCUCUGCCGCCGUGACGCCCGGGUCCACCCGGCUGUCGUGGCCGGAGAACGAGGGGAAGCCCAAACCGCGUGGCAGCGGAGGGGCGGCGGCGGCGGCGGCAGGGGCGCGGGGCAGCCCCCGGGCAGAGAAACUGAAGACAGGGUCCGCCUCGCUGCCCGCCCCCAUCAGCCUGGUCCCCAAGCCGCCCCGCAAGGGCAAGAGCCGCACGCUGGACAACAGCGACCUGCACUCGCUGUCGCAGGACCUCCGCAGGGGCAAGGAGGGCGCCCACCUUCCGCUGCCCCUCCCCGGGCCCCCCACCUCCACCGCCGGGCCCCCCUCCCAGCGCACCUCCGCCCGCGACCGGAAGAUGCUCAAGUUCAUCAGCGGGAUUUUCACCAAGAGCACCCCGGCUCCCGCUAGCAGCCCCGGACCCCCCCUCUACGGCUCGGUGCAGAGAGAGUCCAGCGAGGAGGAAGCGGCCUGCGCCAACAGCCAGGAGUGGACCCUGAGCCGCUCCAUCCCUGAGCUGAGGCUGGGGGUGCUGGGCAGCUUGCGCAGCGGGAAGUCCGCCCUGGUGAACCGGUACAUCACCGGGAGCUACCUGGCCGCAGAGUCCCCCGAAGGUGGCAGGUACAAGAAGGAAGUGCUGGUCGACGGUCAGAGCCACCUGCUGUUGAUCAGGGAGGAGUCAGCCCCCGACGCCCAGUUCAGCGCCUGGGUGGACGCUGUGAUCUUCGUGUUCAGUCUGGAGAAUGAGAGCAGCUUCCAAGAGGUCUACAAGAACUACAGCCUGCUGAGCUCGUACCGCAAUACGGCCGAGAUCCCACUCAUAGUGGUGGGCACUCAGGACAAGAUCAGCAGUUCGAACCCACGUGUUAUCGAAGAUGCACGAGCCCGCCAGCUGUGCACAGAUGUGCGGCGCUGUGCGUACUACGAGACCUGUGCCACCUACGGGCUCAACGUGGACCGGGUCUUCACAGAGGCUGCUCAGAAGAUGGCUCUGAUGAAGAAGCAGGGUGCUCUGCUGGCCUCCUGCAAGUCCCUGCCCAACUCCCCCAGCCACUCAGGCGGCUCCACGCCAGUGUCAGGAGCCUUCCCCGGACAGGUGAGCCAGCUCACCCCCACUAGCCUCUACUCCUCCUCUCUGCCUUCCACCCCUGUGGUUAGCCACCGGGAACUAAGAGGGGGUGACGGAGGGCCGGGCUGCACCACUCCAGGGUCUCUCCACCGAGCCCCCCGACGGAAGCCCUCCAUCUUCACGAACCGGCGUGGCAGCGACGCAGAGAAAAGAAGUGUGGACAGCAAGGGGGACAUCGGCAGCGGCAGGGUCAUCCCCAUCAAGCAGAGUAUCCUGCUGAAGCGCAGCGGCAACUCUCUCAACAAGGAGUGGAAGAGGAAAUACGUGACGCUGUCCAACAACGGAGUGUUGUCCUACCACCCCAAUGUCAAUGACUACAUGCAGAAUGUCCACGGGAAGGAGAUUGACCUCCUGCGCACGACGGUCAAGGUGCCCGGGAAACGCCCCCCACGUGCCGUGACGACCUGCGGCCCCUCUGCCAGUCACAACGGCCUGGUCAGAGACACGGGUGGCACUGCUGUCGGGGACGGGGUCGGCGCGGCUCCCUCAUUCCCCAGCACUCUCCUGCCCGUAGAGGAGAAGAGCGGCAGCGUCUCGCCGCGGUCGGAGAAGGGAGUCCAACGCUGUCCAUCUUCGCUGUCCAGCAAGGCACAGAGCGUGGACUCUGCUGUCGAGGGCUUGGCUAGCCCCACGUCAGUGAAGGACCACGCCCCUCCCUCUCCAAUGAUUGACAGGAAGAAGAACCGCAGGAAGAAGAGCAUGAACAUGAAGGGCGACGCAGCAAUGGGACAGGCCGAGGCUAAACGCAAAAUGUGGAAGCUAAAAAGCUUUGGUAGCUUGAGAAACAUUUACAAGACAGAGGAGGAGAAUUACGACUUCAUGAUCGUGUCCAGCUCGGGACAGACCUGGCACUUCGAAGCUUCCACCCUGGAGGAGCGCGACGCCUGGGUUCUGGCCAUUGAGAGCCAGAUCCUGGCCAGCCUGCAGUCCUGCGAGAGCAGCAAGAACAAGACUCGGAGGGACAGUCAGAGCGAGGCUGUGGCGCUCCAGGCCAUUCGAAACGCCAAAGGGAACGGCUUCUGCGUGGACUGCGGGGCGCCCAACCCGACCUGGGCGAGCCUGAACCUGGGCGCUCUGAUCUGUAUCGAGUGUUCGGGGAUACACCGAAACCUGGGCACGCACCUGUCCCGCGUGCGGUCCCUGGACCUGGACGACUGGCCGCUGGAGCUCAAUCUGGUGCUCACCUCCAUCGGCAACGCCAUGGCCAACAGCAUCUGGGAGAGCAACACGCACGGGCGGCAGAAGCCCACGCCUGAUGCCACUCGGGAGGAGAGGGAGUCGUGGAUCCGCGCCAAGUACGAGCAGCGCCUCUUUGUGGCGCCGCUGCCCCCGGCCGAGGAGGGCGUGGGGCUGGCGGCGCGGCUGAUCGCGGCGGUGAUGGAGCGCGACCUGCCGGGACUGCUGCUGCUCCUGGCCCACAGCACCAAGGAGGAGAUCAACGCCCCCCUGGCGGCCCCACCCGCGCCCCCGCCCGCUCCCCCCCGCUCCGCCCUGCACGCCGCCUGCCAGCUCCCGGACAUCGUCAUGACGCAGCUGCUCGUCUGGUACGGCAGCGACGUGAAGGCGCGGGACGCCCAGGGCCAGACGGCGCUGGCGCUGGCACGCAGGGCGGGCAGCCAGGAGUGCGUCGACAUCCUGCUGCAGCACGGCUGCCCCAACGAGAUGCCCCCCGCCAUGCCCACGCCUGGUCUCUCCCGCAAAGCCAGCACUGCCAGCCUGAGCCGCGCCAACUCCCGCAGGGGGGUGUCAUAGCUGCGAACCCCAACCCCUCUACACCCUCCCCUCCCACCCCCACCCCACCCCCCACCCCCUGCUGGACACAAGCACACAGUGCACAGACAGCCUGCUGCCAGGCCAGGGACACACACACAGGCAGCGGCGGCGUUCCCAAGCGUGCAGGCUGGCAGUAAAUUACCGAGGACUCGGACACACACACACACACAGAUUCGAGGAUGUGGACAUACUGGCACGCAGGCAGGCCGCACCCUCAUUGCACAUUCUUAGCACCGAUACCCAGACACAAAGCCGGUCACAGGGCCAGAGGCGCUCAGCAGUUUAAAAAAGAGGUGACCGGGAUAAAAAUGCCUUUGUCUCCUGCCCUGAGACAGCGAGCCGUCUCCUGGGCAGUGGGGAUCGGUGCAGCACUGACGUUUCGUCUGGGGCAGCUUCACAUCCCCAGUGAGGUCUCCAGUGUUGCACGUCACCGCCUCGUCCCGGAGGAGCCCCGGCCAGGCGGGGAUAACGGGGCCGCUGGGAGAGUGGAUCCCGCUCACGGUCCUCGGAGCGGCGGGCGCAGGGGGCGAGGCACUCGCCGCCGCUCAGAGCCCGUCCCGGCCAGGUCCACAGCGCGGAGACCCACAGCGAUGGCGCCAGUGGCACAAGGCGGGCAGAGCCAGUCACGAGAGCAGGAGCAGGUCGCCGGAGCGAGCUGCGCGUCACGGCAACAAGCGGCAUGUCGUGACGGCAGGUACCGCGUCACGACGGGCGACAGCGUAUCGCGGCAGCACGAUACCGGCAGCCUGCCGCGACAGCGAACAGGGCGUCACGAUUGCAGGGAUGACCCAAGAGCAAGGGAGCCAAGACGACAACAGACCAGGACAAUGAUGAGAAACUGUUGGGAAGGACAAUGGCGGAGACCGGCUGGGCCACUCCGGACAGGUCUCUGCUGCAAAGCCCAGUUAGCACUCGGGCCGGCCCCCACAGAACUUCGCAGUCGGCCCAGAGCGAGCACCGCACUUUGGAGAGACCCCUCUCCGCCUGGCAGGACAGAUUCGGAGGAAACAGGGUCGAGCACAAAGGGAGCUUGAGGAGGUGUUUUGGCAGCACAGGGUCCUAGAUACCCCCGCGCCAUUGGAAGCAAGACAGCUGGGAAGAUUCUCACGAGCAAUACCACUCUGCACCUUUAACACAGGAAGUAGGUGCGGACCCCGGAGCCCAACAGGUGCUCGUCUUGCCCAACCAGGUCCAGAGAGAGAGAGCGGGUGUCGAGUCCAGCCUCUGGGAUCUUUGUUGCGUUACCUUUCUUGUACAAAACUGAAAUUUUUAGAUGUGUUUUAAAAAAAAAAUCUGUGUUGUGCAUUGCAAGGAAGAGUAUUGCCGUCCAUAUCCAGUCCUUGACAUCUCUCGUGCAUUUGGUUAUUAAACGUCGAUAAGGUCGAAUUACAAUGAAAACAUGGGGAGCGAAUUCUUACUCUCCCUGGCACGUCGUGCCACACAGAGUAAUUAAGAAACCAGCAAACGAGUUGGUGUUGCUUCAGUUCAGGGAGUGAAAGAGCACAGUAUUAUCGGGGAGCAGGGGUGGCAACAUCGUCUUGCAGAAGGUCAGAGUUUACACAAGUCUACUGCUGAGAUGGUCUAUUCAGAUUAAUAAUUGAAAACUGUUCUAAAAAAAGAGUAUUGUAAAAUAUAUAUAUAUAAUGAUAUUAUUAUUGCUAUUGAUAAUGUAUGUACAAGAUUGUAAUUGUAUGUAAUGAAAUUUGUAUGACUAUCUAGGAUGACUAUCUUGUCUGUAACAGGUGAUGGGUUAUGAUUUGACGUUCAGAAAUCUGCAUCAGUGGUGAUGUUUUUUAAGUGAUGUUUUCUGUUUAAAUAUGCUAUUUUUUUAUUACGCUCA